AGGGGCCUGCAGCAGCACUUCCGGGUGGAGCAAUAUGGCCGUCGUUUUACGUCUUAUAGCGGGCGUAGCGUCAUGACGUCACGUGUACGCAUUAAGCAUUUCCGCUGCAGACCGGAAGUAGGCUGUAAAGUGAGAAGAAGAGGAGGAAGAAGAUGAGCGGGACGGAGCCGGUGCAGGAGUCUCCUCUGUCCGGACAACUGGCGCCUCUGGGGCCCAUCACCGAGAACAAGGCCAGCCCGGCCAAUAUACCCAAGCCGGGGCCCGCACCGACCGCCACCACCGGAGCCGGACUGCCCGGGAGAGACCCUGGAGAGCGGCGGGCGAGCGUUCCGGUGUUGGCCGCCUCGGCCACCGCUCCCGCUGAGAGUUCCUUGUCCAAUGGCGUCUACCUGCCCCCAGGAGUGACCAAUGGGGACAUAAAGCCGGUGAUCUCCAGCACCCCCCUGGUGGAUUUCCUGAUGCAGCUGGAGGAUUAUACACCAACGAUUCCAGACGCGGUCACCGGUUAUUAUCUGAACCGCGCCGGAUUCGAGGCCUCUGACCCCAGGAUCAUUCGUCUCAUCUCCCUGGCGGCUCAGAAGUUCAUCUCGGACAUUGCGAAUGACGCUCUUCAGCACUGCAAGAUGAAGGGCACCGCGUCCGGGAGCUCCCGCAGCAAGAGCAAGGAUAAGAAGUACACGCUGACCAUGGAGGACCUGUCCCCGGCUCUGGCAGAAUACGGCAUCAACGUCAAGAAGCCGCAUUACUUCACCUAGUGGGGGCGCUGUGGACUUUGGGUGACUCUAAAGCUACCCCUGCCUGGAUACGCAUGUUAGGGUUCCCACCUAUGUGACUGUCCUGGGAGGACCCCUGAGCCUCUCCUCUGGCCGCCAUGUUGGAGGGGGGGGGGGCGCUGUGCCGCUGUAUAUAGAAUCUGUGCUGUGUGUCUGUAGUGGAUGUGAAUGAAGAAAUAUAUUGAGAUGUUUUCAUAAAA